CAACAGACUCGUUUACUUUGACAAGAUGCUAUAAACGGCUCGAACAGUCAAAAAAAAAUCUUUUGUUUAGAGAGUCUAAAUUCAAGAAGUUUAAAAUUUAAAACUUUUUUUAAGACUGCGGGAGUUUUGUAAACGACAAAACUUCAAAGGCUUCUUGUAUAGCUCCAGCUUAUAAAACAUACGAAAUAACAAACAAGUUUAGUAUGAAAAAAUUAAAUUCGCUUUAACUAUGGUAUCUGAAGCUACAUAAACUAAUUAAAGGCAUAGAUAUACCUUAUCCUAAUUACAAUAUUUCGGAGCAAUGUACCUAGUCGUUUUAAAAUGACAGUGUAACUGAGUUUGUUUAGAGAACAGAACUUGCUGCGGAUUGUUAAACAAGUAUUUUACUUCCAGCUUGGUUCGUAUGAAGCUAUAUAUAAAGCAUAAAGCUAUUAACUCCAUAAUUCAUAACUCCCGCGGGAACAAUAUAGGCCUUCGUCCUUCAGUACACUUGCAUGAAAUAAAAUCUUUUUCGAGCAAGUGCGAUGAAAAAUAAUUUACUAUGAAUACCUUUAUAAACGUAUGGUUAAAUCUAACAGACACCUCAGGCCCACGGGUUUCAGUCCCAGACCAAAUUGUAAUAAUGUCUUAUGUAUCAGUCGCAAACGUCGCCGCCUGCGCCUGCCCGUCUCCCACUGGCGCACGAGCCUGCCGCGCAUCCGCCGCGACUCGCGCACCCCCACCCCUGCGUCCACGCCCUCGCUCUCUAUCGACGAACGCACGCCCCGCCACACGCCCACUCCCGUGCGUCGCAGCUGCCGACUGGCCCGACCCCCCGAAUUCCAACAAGAUAGCGAUACUUCUGUUUUUGAGGAUCCCUCCCCGACCAAGAGUGACACUUCUCGCAAGGAUUCAGAUUUCGAAUUAGGUGGCGCAAAAAAAUCCAAAUCGGCAGACCAACCAUCUUCCCCGUCUAAAGAAAGCGAUACGUCCCGUAAGGAUUUAUUAGACGGUCCCAUAAGGGGCGUAAAUGUUACGAAGAGAAACAUCAGACGCCAUGAAAGUGACACAUCCGAAGUUGACAAACGAACUUCACCCUCUAAAGAAGAGAGUGAUACGUCUCGCAAGGAUUCAACUUCGGAUACCAGAGAUGAGAAUAUUACAAAACCGUCUGUCCCGAGACAAAACAUUGCAACGGAACUUGAGAGAUCGACUACUCUUACGAAGUUGAGCGAAAUUUCCCGUAACAAGGCUAGUUCCGACACUAAAGAUGCUAAUAAUGUUUCAAAAACUGAGACUCUAGGCAGUGAUUCCUCCGAAGUAGUAGAAAAAGUCACAUCUUAUUCCAAUUACCAAAGCGAUGUGUCCCGAAAUUCUAAUAGAACUAUUGAAAACAUAAACGUCACGAGACGCGGUCAAAACAGACACACCGAUACUUCGAAAUUCUAUAAAAAACCCAGUCCUACUCUGAAUGAAGACAGUGAGGAAUCACGAAGUGAUUCUAUCUCGGAUACGACCUUCAGAAACACUAAUGUUACAAUUCGCGCUAAGAUGGGGUAUGCUGAAAAAUACGUACAAGAUGUAUCCCAAUUAAAAAAACGAACCUUUACCAGCGACGAUUUACAAAAAAAAACUGCUUCGGACACGGGCGUUAAAGAUGGCAAUGUUACGAUUCGCGGACAAAAGUACGGCGAGAGACUAGAUGCGUCUGAACUUACAAAACUAAAUUCUACAUCUAGUUCCCAUUCGCCAGACGGAUCUGUUUCGGAAGGGAGCAUCAAAGAUCCAAAUGUCACCAUUAGCAAUAGGGACAAGAGAAAAGAAGACGAUGAGCUCGUUAAGAAACUUAGUACGUUGUUCAAUGAGGGGAUUGAUGCCUCGGAUACGAUCGCUAGAGUUCUGAACGUCACUACUCGCGCACAAAAUGUCACUGCGAACGAAAAUUUUACAGCAGAUGAAUCCAAUACUGAGAAAAGUUUAUUAUUUUACAAAUAUAUAAACGCCACAACUUGUGCUCCUAAGAUCGCUGCUGACAAAGAGAACACUUCAGCAAAUACGUCCACAUCUGAAGAUGACGAUAGACCAACAUCUCCAGAACGUAACUUGAAUAAAUUAGAUCAAAACUUGGGGUCGUUAGCACCAAGAAGGCGACGAGCACAUGCUGGUGUGGUUGAAUACAGACGGAACGUGAACAUAGCGAAAACUACCGGAACUGACGACUCAUUCGUGUCUCCUGAUUGGAGCGUUCUAGAAUCCGAUCAAAGCUUGGGAUCUUUGGCUCCAAGACGACAUCAAGGUGUGGUCAAAUACAGACAGAAAAUCAGUUCCUCCGCGAAUACAACCAGAUUAGACCACUCGCUAGAAUCUUCGAAAGAUAGUGAUGAUUAUGAACAAAAUAUAGGUAUUCUAGCACCUUUGAGGCCUCGAUAUUUGAGGUAUCGUCGAGGCGUGAUCGAAUACAAACGAAAUGCAAACGCAACCACAAUUAACAGUUCACUAAUAUCUGAAAUUGAAGUUCAAAGAUCUGAACAAACCGUAGUAGGAGAGGUGUCACGUCGGGCUGGAGUAGUGGCCAGAGCAAAUGUCGAUCACGAGUUAAUAGAGUACGAACAAGCAUUAAGGCCGCGGCGAGCUGGGGUGCAAUACAAGCGUAGUGGCGAUACUCCGGGCGUGCCUGUGAUACCCAAACCCAAGCGUAUGCGUAUGGACAGCGACACGGACUCGCAGGACGAUAAUGGCGGCGGGGGCAUGAUUUGCGUACGUGCCGACGUGCAUCGUCCAUCGAGUCCGCAACGGAGCGAUGGAAGCUUGCCCAUGUCGCUGACGCCGCCAGCUUCGGACCCCAACCAGGUACUAGAAUAACUCGUAUGAUUGCUCAAUUUGGCAUAUAUGUAGCUUAAACUAGCUAAGUAUACGGAACUAUCCACAAUAUAAGUAUUGUGGACAAAUUAUAUCAAAUGUACCUAACAAAAGUUUAUAGUUAGGAGUGUUAGGACUACUUAUUUGUCUUAUGACUUGUUAACAACUCGAAUCUUUAAUUUAGAAGUCGAGUCGUUUAGCAUUUGUUUUAUAAUGUUGUAUGUUAAAAGAACGCAGGUCCUGUUAGUAAUUAUAGCGAACGCUCCAAUUCAUAAAUAAAAUCUUUUCAAUUUUAAAAAUUCAAUUUUUUUGUAAUACCAAAGGUUCAUUGAUUGUAUUAGAUGUGCAAAUUAUAAGAAACAAUCUUGUAUCCGAGUUUGAUACCAGAAGAAAAUGGCGUAUGACGCCAAUGUUUUGUGGUAACUAAAUUGCCAAUCGUCAACGUUUAAUAAUCUAGACUUACGUACCUACAAAGUACAGUACCAUCCUGCAUACAUUAGCUAAGACCCUUGCACGCAAUGGGCACGAAAACACAUAAUUACUGUAAUUAUUUUUAAAAGCCGCUGGUGGGUUCCUUAAGUCGACGGCAUUUAAAGUAAUCAUGAUUCAUGAACAACGAAAGAUUUUCAUUCACGGCCGUUGGCCGCCUGCUUCUCCCACAGAAAUGGGCCAAUGUUGCAAUUCUCCAUGUGGCGCUUAAGCACAUAUCUGAGAAGUUGGCCGCCAUGCUUGUGCUUGCCCUUCUUCAACUCCGAGUAAAACAUGCGCUUAGCCGCCCCACCCUCUAGCCUCUGUCAUCCUUAAAACGUUCGCUUAGGGUUAAGCUUUUCGACGCCGUGUCAAACACAAAAGCUGCCACUCGGACGCCACACGUCACCGAAGUGUCAAAACUGAAAUUGAAAUUUAUGCAUAUGCACGUAUGUCUAUGUUGCUUUGUGAUCUGUGACGAAUUAAUCCGUCUUCGGCGUAGGACCUACGGUGUGGAUAUAUCAAUCGUUGACGUCAAAAAGGUAAAGGUAUUGCACCACCACCAGGAAAUACACAUGUAAUGAUACAAUCAAUAAAUCCUUGGUAAUACUUACGUUUUGUAACUAUUUGAAAUAUUAGGUCAUUACCUAUGAAAUUGGCGUUUUGUAUGGAGAACUUUAACGAGAUUCGAUUUUUCAUACAAUUAUUGCGGAUUAUUUUGUGAUGGCAUUUCCAAACCAAACAAAUUUUUGCCAGUAAUCUGAGACAUUUUUAAGGCACAUUUUCUAUCUCAUUUUUUUUAAAUCUGUCCCGUAAGAAAAAUAUAAGUCAUUUAAAUACUCGAGUCGGCAGUACAUGAAAAGAGCUGUUUUCAGGGCUGUAUUCUAAAUACAUAAAACAAUAAAAGUAGCAAAUAAUUGUAUGUAAAAUGGUUGUUAUGUAGCGCACUAAUGAAAUUAAAAAAUACUUCGAAGUUACUAUUAAAAUAAAUAAACUAUGACAUGACUAAUACUUAUGAACAAAAACGCCAAUUAUAUAGGUAAUGAACUAAUGACCCAAUACUUGGUGUCUUUCUUGAAUACUAUGUAUUAGGACAAUAAUAUUUAAAUUAAUACAGUUGUAUUUUGCAUCAGUGUAUAAUUUGAUUUUAAAAUUAUUAUUUUAUAUCUCAUUGUAAAAGAAAGUUGAUAAUAAAUAAUUUCGACACUA